ACGUUAUAGCCACACGACCCAAAAAUCCUCUUUAAAAAACCCUCUCCACUCUCUCAAUUCCAUUUCAUCUCAUCUCAUCUCCAAUCCAACACAAGAACAAUAAGAAAAAUGAGCAGCACCACUGCAAUCACCUCCCCAUUUCCGGCCACCUCCUUCAUCCGUCGGAAUCCUACCGGUGGAGUGAGUUUCAAGCCAUUUCCCAACAUGGGUGAGUCUCUGUACGGGCUGAAACACCGCGGCGGACGACUGGCGAUGAAGGCAUACAAGGUGAAACUCAUAACCCCAGAUGGAGAGAAAACGGUUGAAUGUGAUGCUGAUCUUUACAUUUUGGAUGCGGCUGAGGAAAGUGGGCUUGAUCUUCCUUACUCUUGCAGAGCUGGGGCUUGUUCUUCAUGCGUUGGGAAAGUGGUAUCAGGGAAAUUGGAUCAAUCUGAUCAGAGUUUUCUUGAUGAUGAGCAAGUGGCUGAAGGUUGGGUUUUAACUUGUGUUGCUAGGCCUGAGUCUGAUCUUGUAAUUGAGACUCACAAGGAGGAUUCCUUUGCUGGUUAAAACAGAGGAACAAGAAGGGAUUAAACUUAUUUUUUCUUUUUAUCUUUUCUAUCUUUGUUGAUGAGAGUAAGCAUAAUGGACAUUGUUUUCUUAGCUUGAUGAUGAUGAUGAUGAUGAUGAUGAUAUCUCUCUUUUAAAGUGUUUGUUGAAAAUUGUAUUGUUCAUUACUGGUUUAAGUUUAUUUACAACUCGGGUUUUGUUUAUC